AUGGUCUGUCCCCAUGAUGAUGUCCAUCACACACAGAGGAACUGGAAUAGCUCUCAGUGCAGCCGUUUCAGCCUUCGCUGUGGCGGCGCUGGUCCUACCUGGAAGCUACACUCACUACCUGGACUUGAUCCACUCUCUGUCCGUCGGGCCUUACCUCAUCGGGCUGGCCAAGUUCGGCAUCGCCAUGCCCUUGUCCUACCACAGCUUCAACGGCGUCCGUCACUUGUACUGGGAUAUUGGCAAAGGCUUGAAAAUGCCAGAGGUGUACCGCACCGGCUACACGGUCCUCGGCCUGUCACUCCUCACCUCCAUUGCCUUGGUUCUGAUGUGAUGGCAGGACAGCGAGCGAAGACCAGAGGGACCCGAAAAGGACUGAAAGCAGUGUUUGACUUUUUUAUUUCUGUGCUUUGGACUCGUCCRCGCCUCGUUUAAUCAAAGCUAAAUAAAGGAUUAUAUUGUGCUGCACACAGA